AUGGCUUCAAUGGAUAAAGUAUUCGCUAGCUAUCAGCAGAGAAAGAAUCUACUCGAAACGGAGACCAGUCCCUUUUCAAAAGGUAUCGCAUGGAUCGAUGGAGAACUCGCACCUCUGUCCGAAGCCAGGAUACCGCUCAUGGACCAGGGCUUCCUGCACAGCGACCUCACUUAUGAUGUACCUUCUGUCUGGGAUGGUCGCUUUUUUCGCCUGGACGAUCACAUCACUCGCCUAGAAACGAGUUGCACAAAGCUACGGCUAAAGCUGCCUUUGCCUCGGGAGGAAGUCAAGAGCACCCUCAUCGACAUGGUAGCCAAGAGCGGCAUCAAGGACGCCUUUGUGGAGCUUAUCGUGACCCGCGGCCUCAAGGGUGUACGGGGCUCACAGGCCGAAGAUCUCUCGAACAAGUUAUACAUGUUCAUCAUGCCGUUUAUCUGGGUCAUGGAGCCUGAAAUGCAAUCCAAUGGCGGCAGUGCAGUCAUUGCACGGACUGUACGACGGGUACCUCCCGGGGCAAUUGAUCCAACUGUCAAGAACCUCCAAUGGGGUGACUUGACACGAGCCAUGUUCGAGGCGGCAGACCGAGGGGCAACACAUCCUUUCCUCACGGACGGAGAUGGCAACCUCACUGAGGGGUCUGGCUUUAAUAUCUGCCUUAUCAAGGACGGCACGCUUUACACACCCGACCGAGGUGUUCUGGAGGGUGUUACUCGCAAGAGCGUAUUCGACACUGCUAAGGUCCUCGGCCUCCCUGUCCGUAAAGAGGUUGUCCCGGUUGAGAUGGCUUAUCAGUGCGACGAAAUAUUCAUGUGCACCACUGCAGGAGGUAUCAUGCCGAUUACAACACUCGACGGCCAGCCCGUGAAGAAUGGAAAAGUUGGACCUAUUACGAAGAAGAUCUGGGAUGCCUAUUGGGCUAUGCAUUAUGAUUCCAACUAUAGCUUCGAGAUCGACUAUAGUGUUGUUUGA